UUUCAAUCUCCAUUUUUCUGUCGUUCCUGCUUUCGUGAUACCUGCUCUUACUGUGCGCUUCUUACCCAAGACACAAUUGCCCAUUUGCUUUUCUUGCGCGAUUUGACGACCUGCUAUGCCUUCACGACCUUGACUUGCGGCGCAUUUUUCAUGAUCAUAGCUCCUUCUCACACAUUGCGGAUAUCCAUCCAUCGAUCCACUUUCCGCUCAGACAUCGACAGACACACACGCCACUUGCUCCACCCCUCCCAGGAACAAGUGAAAUUGAAAGCUCAUCAUGCCUUCACACAGUCGUGAGAAUUCUCAUGACCGAGAACUGGUGCUGAGACAUCAGUCCGUGCCCAUGUGGGACAGUUCGGAUCCCGAACGGGCACCCCCUCCGCUACCCAUGAACCCCAGUUCUACCAGCCCUGUGACCAGAUCGAAUGUCUCCCCAGGCAUUCAAGCCGCAGCGGCCAACUUCGCAGAAAAGAUACGCGAAAAUGCUCCUAGUCCAUACACGACUAAUCCCAUGCCACCUAAAUCACCAGAGAAGUCCCUCAUCAAAGGCCAAUUUCAUAAGCGUAUGCAAUCAUUUCAGAAUAACACAGAUGCUCGGUCCGAGUUCCUCAAUUACCUGGAGAACAGGUCGCCGGAGCGGCCCCAACGGGCCUCAACCUUCGAGCCAGGAUCCAAGUCGCUGGAAAAGUCGGCCCUGAAUAAGACGCCCAGCUCGCCAGACUCCAGAGAACCUGAACGAGACAUGCCUAGCCUUCUCAUUUCCAACCGGUAUCUCUCCAGACCGAUCCUUGGAGAGAGUACUCCACCUUCGGCAACCAUGCUAGCACUGCAGAACAUGCAAUUACCCCUGGAGAGUGAUGCACCACAGAAGCUCAUCGAGUCGGACCCAUUUGUGGGGCCCAAGCGCCCUGAUCCCUAUUCCUUCGAGUCCUUGUCUACCCAAAUUCACAGUCUCACGGAUAUUGCCAGCAAUCUUCAGCGCGAGAUGGCUCAGUUGAGCCGACGGAGUAAAGACAAUGCCACCGACCUUGUGAGUCUCAAGGCCGCCACCAACGCCCGAGAUGAAGACAUACGAAAAAGCCUCCGUGAUCUGUCAUCUAGCUUGGCCUCGAAGUUCCUUGAUUCUGAGGCUGCCACAAGUUCUCCAAACUCGAAAAAGAGCUACGCGGGACCGCGAAUGUCUAGCCCUAAUCCUUUCGCCGCAGCGAUGGAACGCGAAUUGUGCGGAUCACCCACACCAAUUUCCGAUGGCUCGGCAAGUAUCGCACUGCUGGAGAAAGUCCUGCGAGAGAUGGCGACGAAAGAGAAUCAGGACAAGCUUUUGGAAGUCGCGGAGGAGAUCAAAGCUAGGCCCAUAUCGGAGGCGUCCGGUAACCCGAAUGAUGGCGCUGUAACGACUAUGCUAGAGGAGAUUCUAAAUCUUGUUAAGGAUGAAGCUCAAAGCAAGGCUUUGGUUCGCUCACACGCCCGCGAGCUCGACGAUGACGAACAGGCAAACAUCCAAAACAGCCUGGCCCGUUCAAAAUCUAUGGGCGCAGAAGACAUAAAUGCCAACCCAGAGCGCGCUCUUGUCCCCAUGGAAGAUCACCGCACGGAGGAGAUGCUUGCUAUAAUGAAGAUCGUAAAGAACAGCGUCAUUGAAGGGGGCGGCAUGACAAACCAAGUGAAAGCCCUAGUACGAGAAUUGCGUGGGGAGGUUCUAGGAAUGGGCAGAAACUUGGCCCGCCAAAUUGAAGAAGCCGAAUCCUCUCGAGCUAUUGAAGACAAGCCUAGCGGUCUUCAGAAGGAAGAGGUUGCUGCGAUCAUUGAGAAUAGCCUCCACGACCUCAGAGGACAGCUAGCAUCGAUCAUCGAAGACAGCAAGUUCCAUGCCUCAUCGCUCUCUGACUUCCGAGCUAAUGUGAACGAUGAACAAAUUUACUCCAUCGUCAAGCAAGCCCUGGACGAGCUAGACUUCUCGCAAUUACGGCCCGAGCCUCAAGGGCCCGUACUGGAACGGGAUGACAUCCUCGAGACAGUGAGAGAAGCGUGGGAAUCGUACAAGCCCGAAAUCGAACUGCAGAACUUUGGCUUAGAGCGAGACGAGAUCCUUGAGUGCCUCUCAGAAGGUCUGAAGGAUUAUAAGCCGCAGCACGAGGAGGCUGUUACCUACGACCAGGUGCUCACAGCCGUUCAAGCUGGUAUGCAGAGCUUUGAGCAACCGCCAAGCAUCACGAAAGAGGAAAUCGUACAAACAAUUCACGAUUGCCUCGCAAACUUUGAGCCUCCAGCUCCUCCAGCCCUCGGACCUGAGCACCUUGAUGGGAUUCGCGAAGAGAUACUGCAGGCAGUUACCGAGUCUGUUACGUCCCAGAGUGCCUUGAGUAGAGAAUCUCUUGACUCAGGGCUUGGCCGCGAUGAGAUCUUAAGUGCCUUGUCAGAAGGCCUCGAGGUGCAUUUCGCUUCAACCAAGGCUACAGAACACCCUCACAUUACCAAAGAAGAUGUGGCUGAUGUAUUCAACGAAGCGUUUGCUGCCCAUCAAUCGGCCCUCACCACCAACGUCCAGCCGAGUGUCUCCCGCGACGAGAUUCUCAAUGCCAUUGCAGAAGGAAUGGAAAGCCAGAAUGCUAUCACGCGUGAAAUUGAGCUCAACCGAGACGACCUAAUGGAAGCUAUCUCCGCUGGCUUACAAGAAGCAAACGCUGCAAACCAAAAUUCUGGCGACCAGAUGCUCGAACAACUUCAAGAGCACCUCGAUGGCAUGAAAGAAGAACUGAGCCACCACCUUUCAACGAACGAGAGAGACAGCGAGCAACUGCUCAAUGCUAUCAAGGAUGGUAUUGCUGUUGUGCGACAGGAGUUGGAGGGGUACGCUGCAACUGCAGCGGAGUCUUCUGCGAAGCACGAGAUCAUGGACACAGUAAAAGAAGGUUUCCGACUGUUGCAGGCUGAUAUGGAGAAGACCAUAACAGAAACUGCUCUCUCUAACAGUUCUCGCGGCAAUCCUGAUACUCCCGAGCUUCUUGACGCCAUGGAGAAGGAGUUCGAACACCUCCGACAGACUAUAAGUAAUCUUCUUAUUCGAAGCAACGUGUCCACCGAGAAAGAUGAGAUCCUAGAUGCGAUUCGUGACAUUUCUGACCAGCAAAAAUCGUCGAACAACGAGGAAAUCACCAAAAUAAUCAAGGAGCAGAUUGAAGAGCUUCGUGACACAAUGAAUAUGAGCCUUGUCCGCGCGGAACCGACGGAGCUAGCAGAGCCCACCGAAAAGCAUAGCGACAAAGAAGAUAUUAUCGCUGCGCUGCGUGAGAGUCUCGACACUUUCCGCGAGGAGAAUAAUCAGCCCAAGGAUGCGGGUGAAAAUCUGCUUGCGGCCACGAGCGAACUCAUUGAUACAGUCAACAACGGCUUUGGUACAAUCAAAGAGGAUCUUGCAAAGCUCUUGGAGAAGCCAGUGGAGUUUGAUCAUUCCGAGCUCCUCGACACGCUGAAGGAAGGCCUUAGCAGUCUCAAAGCGGACGUUGAAAUGCUGCGUCAGUCUCAUACGGAGAGUCAUAUGUUGAAUGACGAGCCAGAAACAACUCGCGGAGGGGAAUUGAUGCUAGCCAAUGUUCCAAGCGAGCCCAUCAACCCCGGUACGAGUAACGACUUUGAGGCACUGAAAACCUUGAUUUCACAGCUUCAGACCAAGGUUGAGGCUAUUGAAGGUGCUCCUAGAAGCAGCGAGCUUCCGGAAGACAUCGUCAAGAAGGAGCAUCUCGAUGAAGUCCUUCUUGGCCUGCACGAACUUCAGAGCGCUGUAACAGGAAUUGUUGCCCGCGACCAACCUGCGGACGAGACAACGGCGAAAAAGGAGGACACGGACGCUAUAGAGACAUUGCUCCGCAACACCAAGUCUCAGCUAGACGAGAUGAAGUUUCCGGCUGCAGAUGAGAUUGCCAAGGCAGAGCAACUGCAAAGCUUGGAAGCGAUCGUUGCAGAGACGAAAGAAGCCAUUUCCGAGCUUUCCACCCGCAUUGAAUCGGAAGGCCCGACAAAAGCCGAGAUUGGGACGCUUGAGACGCUCAUGAAGGACAUGUGGAUCGCCCUGGAUGAGUUAAAGGGCAAAGCAGCGCCCGAAGAAGAUAACGCCGAGAAAUUGGUCAAAGCAGACUUGCAGACCGUUGAGGCGAUGAUCUUCGAGGUCAAGACCCAGGUUGAGGAACUCAAGUUGCCAGACGUCGAGACAUUGCCGACUAAGACGGAAAUCCAAGAUUUGACCGCACUUGUCACAGAAUUCCGCGCAAAGGUCGAUGCCGAUAAUGAGAUGACUGGCCAGGCUUUUGAUGCACGGAAAGUGGAACAUGCAGGUCUCGCAGAGAAAAUCGAAGAGGCCAGGGCCGUCGUCGAGGGCCUCGGUGACGAGCUUAAGAGUAAGCUUGAUGGCAGUGACCAAGGGCUUGCUGAGCUCAGGCAAUUACUUGAGGGUCUUGCAGUGUCUGCAGAAAGCUUCACCACCGUCGAGAACGUGAACGAACUCACCGAGCUCAUCAACCGGGAAUUCGAGCGGGCGCGGGGUGAACAAGAUGCAACCAAGCUGGAGAAAGAGGAGCGAGACGCUGCUGCCAUGGUCAAGCAGGAUGAGACCCGAGCAGCCAUCAUUGUCGAGCUGGGCUCGAAGAUCGACGAGAAGCUCGGAGAGGUCAUGGCGAAGUAUGAUGAGGUCCACGCCGCCAUGGACACUGCUCUGGACUCUAAGUUUUCUGAGGCUGCAGAUCGUGACAAUGCACACCUUGAGGCAGUCACGAGCACCAAGGCUCUGGCAGAAGAUAUUAAGCUUGUGAUCGGGUCCAUGGGUAACAGCGUUACUGAAGCUUGCGAGCGCAUGACUGUCGACGCCCAAACGUUCUUCGAGAAGGUCGACGAGUCUUACAACAAGAUGGAGGAGAUGCACAAUCAAGUGAAGACGCAGCAGGAGCAAGCUCGAUCAGACCUCGAGAAAGCUGCUGCUGCCACUGAUCGCGUGGAAAGCCAACUGCAUGAGUUCCACCCACAAGUGCUUGAAUCCAUUCAGCAAAUCCUCGCGAUCGUCGGGCAGCACUACGACCAUUCGCAGAAAUCCGCGCAGGAGAUCCGGAUGGACCUUUCUACGAUCCCUUCCACAAUCACCCCGCUGCUCCCAGCCCUACCGCCACCGGAGCCCGAGAAGUACGACGACACCCCUGUCCAAGAGAAGCUCAACAAUCUCCUUGAACAUGCCAAGAAUAAUCAGGUUCAAGAGACACUGAGCACCCUGAUGGAACGGGUUACCAAUGACCAAGUCCAUGAGAAGCUGGAUCAGCUUCUAAGUCAAACUACAAGUACCAAUGGUCAGGUCUACGAAAAGCUCGAAGAGCUCCUUGACCACGCUACCAACUCCAAUGCACCGGUCCAUGAUAAGCUGGACACUCUGAUCGACCAUGCCACCAACACCGACCAAUCCGUUAAUCAGAUGAUGAAGCUUGACGAGAUGCACAGGGACAUUAUGGAGACCUCUCAAAGAAUGAACGAGAUGUUCGCAGCCCAAUCCGUCAUGAUCGCGGAAGACAAUGAGCGACGGCGAAAGGAGGCUGAAGAGGCAGCGAUCGCUCUUGAAAGACGAAAUGCACAGCGGGAGCAAGUGGAAGCCGAGAUUGAAACCCUCCGUGAGGAGAAGGACUCUCUCCUAAACAUCAUCCACAGCCUCAAGUCCGAGAAGGACAACCUUAUCAAACAGACCACGAAACUGAACAAGGAAGUCGCUGGGUUGGAGAUGGCUCUCGAGCUUCGUCACGAGGAGAUGCAGCUCAUGGAGGACCGCGCGGAUAGCCUGGAGAAGCGGAUCCUGGAAGGUGUCCUGGACCAUGCUCGGAGUGUUCUUCUUAGCCGGCCCAACAGUCUGAAUAUGAAGAAGGCGCGUGGAUCACGAGCUCGAGGUCCCAGUGCUGCAAGUACCGCCAGUACUGCGAAGGAUGUCCGCAGCUUUCUCGGCAGCAGCGUUGGAAUGGCGCUAAAGAAGCGAGGCCCCGCUGGAUCGCGGGCCGGAUCUGGAGCGCCUCCCACCAGCAGCAAGGAAAGACGCAUUCUCAGUCUCAGCAACGUGACUGGGAAUCGAGGCGCUGGAGAUCGACAUGUGAGCGCAAGCAGCGGGUUCACGGGUCUCAAACGUAGCCAUUCCGUCAAAUCCAACUUCUCCCAGCGGAAAGCCUCUUGGGGCGGCAAGAGCUCCGUCGCUAACAAGGAGAAUGAAGUGUUUCCAGAAGAGGAUGAGAAUCAGAGCGAGGACGGGAGCGAUGCAGGGACCGAGCGAAGAACCAGCUACACAGGGACCUAUGCAGACAGCAUGGUCUAUGGACCCGGCAGUGUGGUCUCCGGCGCCGAUCGACGGGUAAGCGCCACUAGCUCAGUCGGCCCACGGUCCGUAGCGGACGAUCACGACGAGGGUGAAAGCGAGGCAUCGGAGGUUGACGAUGAUGCUCAAACGACGACGGCAGAUGACCCUGAGGAGUCUGAGGUGGGAGAAGAGGGCUUCGAGGAUGAUGAAGAAUUUGAUCACCCGCUCAAGUUGGACGAGCAGUCUUCGAAAUUGGUGGUUUAUGGGCAGCACAGUGACAGUGGUAUUGGACCCGAGGUCACAAGUGUUGCGGCAUGAAGUCCCGUGGAAUGACCUUUUGUCACUCAUUUUCUUUUGUACCCUGUUUGACCCCG